CUGACCCACAUGGCCACAUCAGCCGCCGGAGGAUCCUCAGCUGCUCCGCCGCGGUCCACGGCCCUCCUGAUGGAGCCGUCGGAGACUAGCCCUGCGGUCACCACCCUUGACUCCCUCAAGGACGACAGCAUCGAGGCCAUCCUGCUCCGGCUCCCGUCGCCGGCCUCCCUCGCUCGAGCCGCGCUCGCGUCACGCCGCUGGCGCGGCAUCGCCUCAAGCCCCCGCUUCCUCCGGCGAUUCCGCGAGCUCCACCCCUGGUCGCCCGUGCUCGGCCUCUUCGUCACCCACGCGGACCUCGACCAGCUCCCCGUCUUCUACCCCGCGGCCGCCGUCCGCUCCGACCCAGACCUUGCGGCCGCCGCGCGCGGGGGCGACUUCCUGCUCACCCGCCUCGCGCACGAUCCGGCGUGGCGCCUCCGGGACUUCCACAACGGCCGGCUCCUCCUCUGCAGAGGCGACUCCCUCUCCGUCUACAACCCCGUCUCCAUCUCCCACCGGCACGUCGCCGUGCCCCGUCCACCGAACGAAGCCCUCCCUGAGCCCGAGUACAUAUCGGACUGCUUGCUCGACCUCGACGGCCAUGUAGAUGGAGAAGGUGGCGCGCCGUGCUGCUUCCGCGUGGUCACCGUGCAGCGGGAGCGAGACGGCCAAAGGAUGCGAACCAUGGAGUACGGCUCUUGUCCGGCGGCAGGGUGGCGCAUCCACCCGUGGGUCGACGUGGACGGGAUUGACAUCGGCGUCGACGUGCCCGCGAAGCGCAUGCGGCGGCCGAUGCACUCUGCCGCGGCCGGGCUCAUCUUUUGGAGAUAUGACCUGAAUUCCUCGCUCUUGCUCGACACCAGCACCAUGGUGUUCUCAAUCGUCCCGCUCCCAGCUCCACAUCCACGAGUAUACGCCAUUGCAGACACCGAUGCCGGCGCGUGUUGCCUUCUGAAUAUCGUCGGCGCAACCAUGUUGCAAGUGUGGGUGCUCAAGAAGAAGGGCGGCGGCGGUGGGCGUGCGUGGGAGUUGGAGAAGAAAAGCCAAAUAGGCGAGCUUGCCAGCUUGAACCGGAGCUUUGACGUCCAUAUGGUGUGUGCCGGACUAGCAAUUGUUUACUGUGCCAGUAGCAAGUAUUCUCAUAUCGUCAUUGAUCUCAAGGACCUGAGCCUCAAGGACAAGUUUCGAUGUCAUCGUUGCAUGGCUUUCCCUUUCCAAAUGCCAUGGCCGCCUGCUGGGUUGGCGGCUUCUUCUACGUGUGAGGGAUCAACACCUCAACCGUAUGCUUGCCGAGAUGCUGCAAGUCAACAUGAAGCACCUUCCUCGAGUAGAAAGCGAACGAGCAAUGAUGAAAUGGCAAGCGGUAAAGAAACAAUGGAGCAUGAAUCGUCAGAGAAGAAAUUUUGCUAUGAGAUUGGACCACCGUCUUGAAUAAAGAAGCGAUACUUGGUGUUGAGAUACAACUGUUUGAGUUGUAGGGAGCUCCAAGUUUGUCGGACCGUAUUGUGGAGAAGACAAUAAAGACCCUGUUUUUGUUUCUUGAGCGAUACUUGGUGUUGAGAUACAACUGUUUGAGUUGGAGGGAGCUCCAAGUUCGUCGGCCCAUAUUGCGGAGAAGACAAUAAAGACCCUGUUGUUGUUGUUUCUUGAUCUCUUGUUUCCAUUUGGUAUUUAUAUUUCUGACAUAUAUAUUUCCACUUUAUCUUAUCAUAUAUAAGGUGGCUUGUAUGUAGUUCUAAAGAACAUUACAGUGUUUCCAGAAUCACAAGAAACUGUUUUCUUUU